UCCCACAAAGAACGGUUCGAUUUUGUAUAAAACCCCUCGCAAUUUUUUUUCUCCCCCACAAAACUCCCGCAUCGCCCCACACUGCUCCUGCUGCCUCUCUCUCUCUCCCCUCCGGCUUCUCCGCCGCCGCGAACGCCUCUCGACUCCGGCGAGUUCAUCACCGGCGUUCACGAGGAUGACUACCUCAAGGCGUCUUGCUGACAGGAAGAGCGCAAAGUUCCAGAAGAAUAUCACGAAGAGGGGUUCAGUGCCUGAGACUACUGUGAAGAAGGGGAAUGACUACCCUGUUGGACCCAUGGUGCUUGGGUUCUUCAUUUUUGUCGUCAUUGGAUCAUCCUUGUUCCAGAUAAUCAGGACGGCAACUAGUGGCGGGAUGGCUUAAAUUGGAGCUAAAUUCAGUUAUUUAUGCUGUGUCUGAGAGAGAGGCUGUACCUGUACUUUGUAGUGAAGUUUGUUCCUGGAUGAUAUCGUGUAGAGGGUCCAUGUUGUGUCCGUUUGCAUUUUACUAAAUCUAAACUAGAUGUUGGUACCUGAAUCUUACAGACUUUAAACUUAAAUGGAUAUAAUUGAACUUUGAUCUGGAGACUAAUAAUUAGCAUUGUUCUUUGUUA